UGCAGCAUCCAACCAAACUGAGCUGCCGUAGUGCGUCACAUGUUGACUAAGGCUUUGCUAAUUGAUGCUACCGAAAGCUUGACAAAUUUUACAGUGUCAAAAGCAAAUAACGAAGAAUUAUUAAGAUAACUGUUCUGUUGUUGUCGGAACUCUGUACUUUGCCUCGAAAUGCCGUAAUAUCGCUCUGUAUCGUUGGAUAAGGCACACGUGUGAAUGUUUUAUUUAUUCUGACAAGCUAAUGUAGCUAGCUUGUUUGUUAGCCAGGAAGACUUGACAUCUCCCCGUUGGCUCCAGGUUAGGUAACAUUGUCAACAUAGGAGCCAAAAUAAAGAGAGCUCCAGAUGCGGCUAAAGGACCCCUUCUCUUUGAAAGCCACCGAUAUGACUAAGCGGACUAAUAAACCGCGGAAACCUCGAGAUGAGGAGUCAUCAGAUGAAGUUAGUGGGUUGACUUGCCAGCACGUGAGUAAGGCUGUGGACCUGAACUCAGUGAAGAAAUCAGUUCUCUCCAGUGUGUGGUUGAUGUGUUCUGAGUGCCUAAAGGAGAGGACAAUGAUCGAUGGAGAACCGGCAGCAUCCCAUGACAUUGUGGUGUGUUUAAAGUGUGGUUUCCAGGGUUGUAACCAGUCAGGGAUCCAGCAUGCUGUCAAGCACCACCAAGCUUUUCAUCCAGAGUCUCACUGCAUCACCAUCAGUUUAAGCACAUGGAAGGCCUGGUGUUUUGAAUGCAAUGAGGAGCUUUCCACUCACUGCAACAAGAAGGCUUUGGCUCAGACCUUGGACUUUUUACAAAAGCACUCUGUCAAGGCAACGUCAGGAGCAGCACCCAAAAUCAUCAAGUUGCAAGAGGAACCAUCAGAUUACACUGACCUGCCCAAAGGCAAGAAUCCAGCCAUCAACAGCACCCUGGUCCCUGUCAAAGGCAUAAAUAACCUUGGUAACACCUGCUUCUUCAACGCUGUUAUGCAGAACCUGUCUCAGACACACAUGCUCAUUGACCUCAUCCAGGAAGUGAAGGAGAAGGGGUACAAACUGAGGAUCUGCCCCCCUAUCGAGACCAAUCUGAGUCCACUGACUGUAACGCUGCCCAGUCCAGAGCCCCUGACCGCAGCCAUGUUUCUCUUUCUUCAGAGCAUGAAAGAGCCAGGCAAAGGCCCGAUCAAUCCCAAGAUCCUGUUCAACCAGCUCUGCCAGAAGGCCCCACGCUUUAAGGGUUAUCAACAACAAGACAGCCAGGAGCUUCUGCACUAUCUAAUGGACUCUAUACGAGUAGAGGAAACUAAGAGGGUGAAAGCAGGAAUUCUAAAGGCUUUCAACAAUCCCACAGAGAAGACAGCAGAUGAGGACACCAAGCGCCAAGUCAAAGCAUAUGGGAAGGAAGGUGUGAGGAUGAACUUUGUUGACCGCAUCUUUGUGGGCGAGCUGACCAACACAAUUAUGUGUGAGGAGUGUGAGCAUAUCUCCACAGUGAAGGAGGCUUUCAUAGACAUCUCUUUACCAAUCAUAGAGGAGAGGAUAUCAAAACCAUCCAACCCCAGUAGGCUGGGGAAGGGCAGCCGAGAGCUGGACACCCACGUGACUCACAGUGACCAGGUCCUGUCUGCAGUUCACUCUGUUAACAGAAAUACCAGGAAGCUUAGUGGACAGAAGCAGCAGAGCAGGAGGUCUUCAAGCUCUGUAGAGGAGAAGGGAGCAGGCUGCAGUGCGGAGCGGGCAGAGGAUGAGGGCGUAGCUGGUGGAUCAGCCCGUGGUGUCUCAGUUUGCAAAAUGGCCACUGCUGGCAGCCUAUCAGAUGGCAGUGAAAGAGACUCAGGCGCUCAAGACAGCAGUAAUGACGCUGACAGUGAGGCCUCAGAGAGCGAGUGGGCUCCACGCACACACUCCAACCAUAGCCACGGGCACACAUCCACACCAUCAUCGUCCUCCACCCUCACUCCAUCUCCUACGCCCAUUUCUGCCUCCUCCCCUUUGUCAUCAUCCUCAGCGAGGCAAGGUGGCGCUGUAGAGCAGUUAGUUACUGCAGUGUCUAAAGUUAACCUUGGCUUCACCUCUGGGGACUUCUCGUCUUCUACACAUUGUUCUCAAGAGGAGCAGGGAGAAAUGCAGUCACGAGAUAACCUCCACCAUCAACACCACCAGGGGGCCUUCCAGGCACUGUCUCACAGCUACACACCCAGCUCCAAGGAGUGCUCCAUCCAGUCCUGCCUCCACCAGUUCACCUCUGUGGAACUGCUAAUGGGCAACAACAAGCUGCUGUGUGAGUGCUGCACAGAGCGCAGACAGAAGCAGCUGCGCAAGAGCAGCUCAUCCGAUAAGAAGUUGGAGAAGAUUUAUACCAGUGCUAGGAAGCAAAUGCUGAUAUCCUCUCUGCCUCCUGUCAUCACAUUGCAUCUUAAACGCUUCCAUCAGGCAGGGAUGAACUUACGAAAAGUGAACAGACAUGUUGACUUCCCCCUGAUCUUGGAUCUGGCUCCAUUCUGUUCAGCAUCCUGCAAGAACCUGGCAGCCGGUGAGCGUGUCCUCUACAGCCUGUAUGGGAUUGUUGAGCAUAGUGGCUCCAUGCGGGGAGGCCACUACACUGCGUAUGUAAAAGUGCGCGCUCCACAGAAGAAGGCAGAACAGCAUCACAAGAAUCUGUCAGGUGCGAGGGAUGCAAGCAGCAGCUCCCAGGGCCAGUGGGUAUACAUCAGUGAUACAACCGUUCAGACGGUACCAGAGUCAAGGGUACUCAACUCUCAGGCAUACCUGCUCUUCUACGAGGAAAUGCUGUAAUGUGACUAUCAUUCUAGAAGUAUUUUCUCCUUAGAUCUCUGUUUUGCUUUGUAUUGUUUUUGGUACAUCCCUGUAAUACUCCUCUUACUGCAUCUGUGAGUAGGCAGAGGGAAGAAAAGGUAAAGACUUUACUGUGCAUUCACCUGUUUGACAUGAGAGGAAAGACUAAUGUGUCUUUUGCACACAAAUUCUCUGUUAAAAUAGGGACUUCUGAAUAUCUUAGAUAAAAACAUUAGAUAUUUAAGUUGUUAUUUUCUGCUUUGACAUAGCCCGCCCAAUUUUUCAUUCAUGUUUCCUGUUUUAAAACCCCGACCCUUUAAAAAGAGUUCAGGAGAAACAAGGUUUGAACCUGAGCUCAGUUUAUCAUAUAUCUCUGUCACGAUCACGUGCCUCAGAUAACUGCAUGAAAGAGUUUCGCUACAGCAACUAACAGGAAAUAAGCAGAAUUAUCGCAUGUUAAACUGCGCUCAGCACUGAAAAGCUGAUGUCAACUGUGUGUGCGCACACAUGUAUGAGUGAAUGAGUGAAUGACAGCCAGGAGAAUGUAGAUUUAAGGUGCUAUGUGUAUCACUGGCACAUCAGUAAACCAUUGCCAAAUUAAAUUUGAGUAAGUAUUAAAGUUAAUUAUAUCAAAGUGUAAUUAACAUAAACAAGCAUGAACCUUUUGAAGAAGAUUUGCUUCUAUCUGCAUCGCACACCAAUUCUUUUAUUGUGUGGCACUGGCUCAUGUUUGAUAAGAGUUGUGCUUGAUUGUUUCUGGCAAAGGCAGACGAAAGAUGGUAAAAAAUGCACAGAGAAAAAUGACUUCAGACACGUUUGUCCUUUUCAGCAAAGAGAAUAACGCAUGGUGACAAGAAGCAAUAUCAUUGGUGACAGAGUUUAUGGGAAAUAUGGUUGUACAUUUCAGAAAAUCAAGCACUAAUAAUAUAGCACCAAUGGUGAUAAACCAUGGCUAGUAAUGUUCUUUGAGCUAUUUAUGAUGAUACUAUCAACUUAUAGCAGUUUUAUAUGACAAACUGGUUUAAAUUGCUACACAUAGCACCUUCAAGGAGUAGCACAACAGUUAUUUUACACCCUACUUUAAAUGGAUUGUUCUUUUUGUACAUCAGAAUGUAUAAAUGUAAGACUAUCAGUGAAUUACAUUUGCCAAAGACAAGUUUUGCAGCUGCAAGUCAAACACAAGGAGUUUACUUCAUACAGAGUUUUUUUUUUAACAUUGGGUCUCUUAAGGUCAUCGGUGCGAUACUCGAGUGUUGUUGCACAAACGUACUCGGGUGUUUAUCCGACCAACAAAGCACCUUGUCUGCCUUCAUUGUAUUUCAGCUCUACUGUAACUGCAGGCGCACACGCCAACUCAUUAUGAUGUUCAACAAAGAGUCAGCGCUGUGACUUUUAAUUCCCUCAUACUGUCAGUAAGGUUGAGAAGGAACUUAAUAAAAAAGGAGCCCAGAAGGCUUUAAGCCCAACCAGAAAAAAAAAAAAAAAACAUCUUUGCUAUAACGUGCAUGGGUUAAUGUUCUAAUGAAUGUAUUGCCUAUUCUUGAAAUGUCAAUGUCAAAUGAGCUGUUCAUCUUUUUGUAUGAAAGUAUUUUAGAUGAGAACAUUUUUCUUGCUUGUUGGACAUUUGCCAAAACAGUAGAAGGGAAAGGGUCAAACACAUGCAUCAGAGGUUUAUUAUUUUCUUUUGAAACAAGGACAAAUUCAGUGCCUAUGCUUCAGGUUUAAGAAACCUGUGCAUGGGGAGAAGAAAAACAUAUGCAGAGUCAAAUGCAAAGAGGGAGAUAUAUGGCAUAUUUAUGUACAGUAUAACGUACUGUAAGCAAAAAUAACAAGGAGUAUAUGUUAUUGUAAAUAUGAGAAACAAUACAAAAUCAUGGUGCUUAUGGUGUGCAGGGACAGAAUGGUUUCCAGUAAAUCAUUUAAUUUCAGUUAUGAAAUGAUAAAAUUUGGAAUGAGUAUAACUCCAUACUGUAUCAAAAUAAAUCUAAUUUAUGAACUGAA